CACAAGUAAAACAAUAUCAAGUCCUGAAUUACCCAAAAUUUAAAAUUUGAAAGCAUGAUUAGUUUUCGAUAAUGAUUUAUCAACUUGAUUCAUUGAUCCAAGAACAUGGCUUUCUUGAAAUUAAUGAUGGGAAGCCCUAGUUUUUGGAGAUUACUGCAUUUAAUUUACCCCUUUUUAUCACAUUUUGACCCUUCAUGAUCUCUGUAAAAUUUCAUUCUUUUUCAAUCCAUUCUUGCAGUACUAAAUCCAUCAUUAAAAACCCCAAAUCUUUCCUUAGUUUUGUAAGCAAAACCACCCACAAAAGCUAGCCUCACAGCCACAAGAAAUUACUCAGGAAAACAAGAAUCCAAGAUUCCAUUACAUAUAAACAUAAAGAAGCAAGCACCAAGAGAUACCCUUUUUCUUGCAGUUUGUUAUCUUGAAGAUCAAAUUGAAAUAGCAAUAGCGGUUUUGCAAGAAGAAGGGGGUGAAGAAGAAUGAAAUAUUGAAGAUUUAGAAAGAAAAAGAUUGGAUUCUGAUGAAGCAAAUGUCCCACAUUGAUGAUAUACCAUCAUCCCCAGGAAAGUAUAAAUCUCCAUAUGGGCAUAGAAUUAGAUGGCAUUCUUCAUAUGCCAAGCUCACUUUUUGGUCUUUUGUGUUCUUGGCUUUGAUGUUUAUAUUCUUUUUUAGAUCAACUUCUUCGUCGUCGUUGGGGUCUUCUUCAGAUCUUUCCAGGCGUUCUUUAAGGACAUUUUCUUGGGGUGGCCCUGCUUGGGAGAAAAGGGUUAGAAAUUCGGCUAGAAUUAGGUCCCCAAAUGGGAUCUCAGUUUUGGUCACUGGUGCUGCUGGAUUUGUUGGGACACAUGUCUCCGCGGCUCUUAGACGUCGCGGGGAUGGGGUUUUAGGGCUCGAUAAUUUCAAUGACUAUUAUGAUCCGGCAUUGAAACGAGCCCGUCAGGCGGUUUUGGAGCGCUCUGGGAUCUUUAUUGUGGAGGGUGAUAUAAAUGAUAUGGUUCUUGUGAAUAAGUUGUUUGAGGUUGUUGCCUUUACUCAUGUAAUGCAUUUGGCUGCUCAAGCUGGUGUGAGGUAUGCAAUGCAAAAUCCUGCUUCUUAUGUGCAUAGUAAUAUUGCUGGGUUUGUUAGUAUGCUUGAAGUUUGUAAAUCAGCUAAUCCUCAACCUGCAAUUGUUUGGGCUUCUUCGAGUUCUGUUUAUGGACUUAAUACGAAGGUACCUUUUUCGGAGAAAGAUAGAACUGAUCAGCCUGCUAGUCUUUAUGCUGCUACCAAGAAGGCUGGUGAAGAAAUUGCACAUACUUAUAAUCAUAUAUAUGGUCUUUCACUGACGGCAUUGCGGUUCUUUACUGUUUAUGGACCUUGGGGAAGACCUGAUAUGGCCUAUUUCUUUUUCACAAAGGAUAUAUUGGAAGGAAAGUCAAUCCCAAUCUUUGAGGCUGCUAAUCAUGGUACGGUGGCUAGGGAUUUUACCUACAUCGAUGAUAUUGUAAAGGGUUGUUUGGCAGCAUUGGAUACUGCUGAGAAGAGUACUGGUAGUGGUGGGAAGAAGAAAGGAGCAGCUCAGUUACGAGUGUUCAACUUAGGAAAUACUUCCCCUGUGCCAGUAUCCAAUCUUGUGAGCAUUUUGGAGAGAUUGCUCAAAGUGAAGGCGAAAAGAUCCGUAAUGAAGUUACCACGGAAUGGGGAUGUGCAGUUCACACACGCAAACAUCAGUGCUGCACAUAAGGAACUUGGAUAUACACCCUCAACAGAUCUUCAAACUGGUCUGAAAAAGUUUGUCAGAUGGUACUUGAGUUACUACGGAAAUGGAAAGAAGAGUGACCAGUGAUACAUCAUUUCAGUCGUGUGGUAGGAUCAUUCCAGUUCUUGUUCAAUUCGAUUCAUAUGAUUGUUUUAAUCUGUCUGUUCCUUCCACGAAUAUGUGUUUUAUAUAUAUCUUGAUGAGGUCGUAUAGUAUCACAUCCCGAGGUGAAGAAGUUUUGUGAUCGAAAGAAAUUCAGAACCAUAUGUUUUUCACUCUUGGAUUGUAAUUGUUGUAGUCUUAUCAUUGUAGAAUUCAUGACUUGUAGAGCAAUUUGCUGAUUGGUGGACCUGUAUCAUCUUUUUAAAAUUCAAAUAAAUAGCACAAGAGAGUUUUGGCUGUUA